GGAGGAAACGCUGGCGCAGGUGUAAGGUCAGGGUUUUCAUUGUGGGAGAUGAACAAAACAUGGAGGAAGGACGCAAUGAGAUGAUCGCUCUGCUGAAGAGGUUCCGUCUGGAUUUUAAUGACGUUAUAGUCAUGACGGACAGUGACAGACACCCUCAAGCCAGGAACCUGAGCAGGUUUGUGGACAGUGUUGCCCCCUUCAGGCUGUAUGAUGAACAGCAGGAAGGCGUCUCAGUGCAGGAACUGAGACAAACAGCCCCAUGGAAAAUAUCUGAUGAAGUGUUUGAGUCCUUUAAACUCAAGUCUGAGAGGAAAGUAAGGCUGAAUGAAAUCAUCCGGAAGAACUCACAACAUACUGCUCUUGUGCUUGUGAGCCUCCCUGUGCCACACAGUGACUGCCCCAGUGCACUGUACAUGGCCUGGCUGGACAGUCUGACCUGUGGCCUUCACUGCCCUGCGGUGCUGAUACGAGGAAACCAGCAGAAUGUUCUCACUUUCUACUGCCAGUAAAAUCCCAGUCUGGUGGGAUGAAUGAGUCUGAUGUCACUUUAGUUGCUGAUAGAACUGAAACAGCAGCCACAUAUCUUUUUUUAUCUUUAGUGUGUCAGCUGUUGAUUUAAUACAUUAUAUUUUAUUGUAAAGUAUUGUGAAUUUUCACAUUGCCUCUAGGAGUCGUUCGUUGGCAUGUACACUGGCUGUAAAACACAUUGAUUGUGCCUGAAAUAUUGUGACAGGUCUGCUAAUUAAAUAAUCAUUUGAUCUGUUAAAGACACUAAAUUCUGUACAAGAAAUAGUGGCUUCAUUUUGUGACUCCCUCCAUCAA